GACAGGAAAAUCAAGCUGAGGAAAAUAAAGCUGGAUGGACUGAACCGGUUAUUAUAGCCGCAGGCAAAACGAAAAAUCAAGCUGAGGAAAAUAAAGCUGGAUGGACUGGAAACCGGGUUACUUGGCCAUAG